GCAGGUUACCUAUUGCUAUGACAAUUCCUUUGUGGUCCAACCAGCCGACCAUUUCAUGGAAAAUCCAGUAAAAGCGUAUAUAGCAACCCGGGCAAUGCUUAGAUCCAUUACACAGCGCUUAUAAAUGCUAUACCCGUCUCAACAGCAUCACGAAACGUCCGCCUGAAUCAAUAAUAUUUAAUUGUUAUUAGCUAAAUUAGUGAUAACAAAUAUCUCGAUUUUCGUUUGGCUUAUAUGAAGUGGUUGUCGUCUGCGAGGUAAUCGAUUGUUUCCAGUAAUGAAAUUCCUUCCUCUAGAAUUAAGAACUGUAUAUCCUGUAUAUCAUUAGUAUACAGAGCGAAAUUGUCGAGUUCCCUACAGAAAAUCUUUCAAUAAUUGGAAUAUAACCAAUUUUGUGCCGAUUUUUUUUCUUCUUUUUUCCCCCUACACUCCGAAACUUUCUCGUGCCUGGAGACCUGGGUUCGCGCCAAAGGGUGAAAAGAUUGUACCGACAGACAGAUCAUACAACGAUUAUAAUCCGUGUCUAUGUUAAGAUUUUCUUCAUAUAUACAACAGAAAGAUUAGGAGUUCUUAUGGGACUGUCGGUUCUUUCUUUACAGUUUAACACACCAAACAAUGUGCCUUGACCUCUGCGGAAUCACCUGGAAUUUCUGCUCUUUUAGAUGGAGAUAGGAAAUAUUCCUUACAUGAGGAAAUGACUAUAUAUGUCAUUAUCAGUAUGGGAAUCCUCUUCCUGUUGGACAGCGCAUGCGGAUUGACAACCCAGUAUAGUGUUAUGCUCGAUGCCGGAAGUUCAAGUACAAAACUCAGAGUAUACUCGUGGCCCGAACGAACAUCCACCUCAUCAAAAUUUUACAUAACAGAAAAAUAUUACAAAAAAGUAAAACCAUCGUUGAGUUCAUUUCAGGAUAAUUUAGAUUCACUCCCAGAAUAUAUAAAGAAUUUGAUUUCGAUUGCUGAGUCGCAAGUGCCUUCACAUCGUCAUAACAGGAGUAACAUUUAUCUCUUUGCAACUGCAGGGUUACGAUUUGUAGAAGAAGAAAAAGCCAUGAACUUAAUGAACAGUGUUCGACGUGUGUUGUCCGACAAAAGAAAUCAUAAAUUCAUAUAUAGCGAAAGAAGCGUCCGAAUUCUCUCAGGCGAAGAGGAGGGUGUGUUCGCUUGGAUAACUGCUAAUUACCAUAAUGGAUUCUUAUCUUCUAAUCAAUCACAAUCGAAAGCAGUGGGUGUCCUCGAAAUGGGGGGCGGAUCCACACAAAUCACUUUUCUACCAGACGGACCUCUCUUGGCUCAUAUGUUUCCUGUUCGAAUUUCUGGACGUAUAUUCAAUCUUUAUUCUCACAGUUAUUUAAAUUUUGGAACAAAUUAUAUGGAAAAAAGAAUAAAAGAGCAUCUAAUCGAACAAAACCCACACAGUAUGGAUAUCCUAAAUCCGUGUGCAUUGAUAAAUGACAAUAACACAUACCACUUUAAAGAAAAAUCUGUGAUAUUUCAGGGAUCUAGUUCCCCUUCUGAGUGCCUUAGUAUCAUAUCAAUGUUUCUAAAAGAUUCUCACGACACUUGUUAUCCGAAGCCGUGUGCAAUAGGCUCUAUCUAUCAGCCUUCUACUGGUUCAGACAUAUUCUAUGCCACUGCUAGUUUUGCCUUCAUUGCCACCGAUCUUAAUGCAACAGAUUCUUCAGGGAAGCUUAAUAUUGACAAACUAAACAAAACUGCAUAUUUAUAUUGCAGUGAGAGUAUAGAUUAUGCAGUAUCCUUUUACAAAGUACGGGCAGAGUUUGCUUCUAGUACCUGCAUGAUGGGACUGUACAUAACGGAACUUCUUACCUUUGCUUACGGGUUUCCGGUGAAUACAGACAGAAUAUACUCUGCUCAGAAAAUCAAUGGAAAAUCUCUAGACUGGCCUUUCGGUGCAACACUAUACGAGGCUGAGCUGAUGGCCCGGGAUUAUCCCUGUCCCCCAAUCUCCUCCAUGAUCAGUGCAGGAAAUACUCUACAAGGCUACAGACUAACUCUACUGGAAUUCUUCGUCUUCUUUUGUUUUUUGUCUUUCUAUUUGGAUAUCUGAUAAUGUAGGGGAUUCUUGGACAUUUUCAACAGCAGCUAUUAUAGUGUCAGAUGAACAC